AUGUAUGAGCAAAUGUGGUACAUGUUUCAAUAUGCCGAUGCUUUCAUUGCCUUACCCGGAGGAUUAGGAACUCUAGAGCCCCUUUUCAAUAUUGCAUCAUGGGAAAUUUUGAAGAUAGAUAGAAAACCAUUAGGCUUUUUAAAUGUUAAUGGUUUUUAUGAUGGUUUACUAACCAUUUUCGACCAUGUAGUAGAAGCCGAAUUCAUGACUCAGGAGGCAAGACAGUUGAUAAUCUCUUCGUCAAAUGUCAAGCAAUUGAUCGACCAGAUGAUAAACCUGGCACCAGAGCUUGGUCUGCCCAUGAGACAAGUGAAUCAAAACCCUUAA